AUGGGAUGGAAAUUCACUCGCCCGGCUGAAGACCCAUUUCCAGAAGAACUGGCCUUCCACCCUGGCACUUUCGAGCGCGGCUCAACGAGGCUCAAAGGCAGCGGCGAGCUGGAUGGUCGGUGCACGCGCCAUCACCAACGCUCGGCUUGCAUCCUUACCCCCACACGUCAUCAUCGCGACCGCAUCGAGAGGCCACUCAGGAUGCUGCGCAGGACACACACAAUAUCGUGGCUCGUCUCGGCCCUGCUGCUGUCGUUGCUGCUGGUGUCACAGCUGGUGGCACACGCAAGCGCCGCUCUGGCCGAGCCCAAGCUGAGCUACGUGCUCAAGUCGGCCAAGCUCGCGCUCUCGACGGUGGAUGGCUCGUCGCGCCUCUCCAAGGAGUUCUCCACGCACGCCGACUACGCCAAGAAUGCGGCGCCCUUUGCGCUCGAUUCGCCCACCCUGUUGGAGAACGACGAUGUGAUCCGACUCACCUUCAACCUCGGCGUCGAAGGCUCCAAGAGCGCAGCCAACAAGGAGGGCGCGGCUCUGGGCAAGGAGCACGUGCCACACCAGGCAUUCGUGGUGCUUGCAGCCGACAGCAAUGAUGCUGAACCUGCCUCGCACGCCUGGCCCCUCACGGUCAAGCCAAGCACUGGCAAGGUCUCGUGGAAUCUGAGGAUGGACAGGAUCCCAGCACCGCUUUUGCGCACCACUUCGCCGCUGACGCUGUCGCUGCUCAUCGCCAACUUUGCCUCCAACUCGGGCUCGGACGGCACAUACUCUCCGCUCGCACUUCCGCUCGUCUCGCUGCGUCCGCCGACGAGCCUGGCGGAAGCGGCGCUGGCAUCGUCGGCAGCAUCGCUGACGCCGCGCCAAAAGGCAGAGAUCGAACAGGGCUUCCACGGCAUCCCUGAGCACAGGCACACGUUCGGCGUGCCACCCACCGAGACCAUGCCGAGCACCAAGGUGAGCGGCCUCGCGUCCGUGGUGACUGCGGUGGUGCCCUGGGUCUUCUUUGCCGCGGCGCUCGCCAUCAUCAAGCCCGAGAUCCAGUCGCCUUCGACCAAGGCGCUCGUGCUGUUCGGUGCGCUUGUCGGCCUCGAGGGCCUGGCGGUCAGGUACUGGAUCGGCAUGACGCUCUUCCAGAUGCUGCCGCUGCUGCUCGGUGCCGGCCUCGUCACCAUCAUCAUCGGCAGAAGUGCGCUCGUCGAGCUGCGAAGGAAGCGCCUUGCCGUCUCUUAA